AUGAACCCAAUAAUCUGUCUUAAUGUGGAAACACCUAAUAUCAUAAAUAUAACAGUGUACAAGAAUUUUUUAGUUCCUCCCAACAUCGAAGUUAAAGAUUCCUCAAAUAAUCCAAAUGUCAACAAAUUGGUUGAGGCCAAUAAAAUAUUUGAUAGCGAUGAUGGUGAAAACAGAAAUGGUGAAAAUAUUAAAUUUAUAAUUUCAAAUUUAUGGAUGACAAAUGAAGGCGCUGAACAUCUUAACGAUAUUAAAUUUGCCCAAUUGAACAAUGAAACUAGCAUUGAAAAUAAUAUGAAAUAUCUUGUCACUGUUGGUAAAGGCCAUAAAAUAAGUGUCGAUAUUAAAGUGGUUAUGUAA